ACUACACGAUCAGGUCAAAUGACCAAUUUACCCCGAUAAAAAUUUCUUAAUUCCCCCGACCGCUCCAAUAAUAUUAUUAGAAUUUGUACUUUCUCUCUCUUCCCACAUAUUGUUGUGUUCAGAGGUUUCUUCUAUGCGCGAGAGUGUGAUUUUCCUUUUUUUUCCAGACUUAUUCAGUUAAUUUUUACAGAGCCGGUAGAGGUGAUAUAGACAGAGAAGAUUACUUAUAUUAAUUUUAUAAAUUAACUGUUAUUUAUUUCUAGGGUUUCGCCGCAGUUGGAGAAGAAACUGUAAUUUUUUUUGGGGUAGUUUUUGUUGUUGUUUGUUGAAUCGGAGUUACCAAUUUGUGCCAGGGUUGGAUUUUCGUACAUGCAUGGUUUCUAUGAUGGUUUUUGGUUGAAUUGUUCAUCCGUUUCGUGGAUUGGUUGUGUAGAAUUUGUGUAUUUUUGGGGGUUUAAUGGAGAAGUGAUAAUUCUAGGGUUUGGAGGGUUGGGUUUCUAAUGGGUAGCACAGGUGAAUCUGACAAGAAACGACGUCACGUUAGCUCCAUAUCGCCCACUGGCGCUGCGUUUAAGAAACAGCCUUUUGCGCUGUUAUCCGAGGAGAAAAAGCUUGAUGCAGCAGUUCUUCAAUUUCAAAAUCAAAACCUCGCGCGGAAGUUGGAUACUCAGAAGGUUGAGAUUAAUGCUCUUGAAGACAGAUUACGUGGCUUGAAAGACAAGCAACAACCAUAUGAUAAUACCUUAUCUGUGGUCAAGAAUUCAUGGCAAGAGCUGGUCGAUGACUUGGAAUCACGCUCUAAAUGCACACUGGACUUAGUAAAACGUGGGCGAGGAUUUGAAUGCCACCUAGUCAAAGAUGAUGGUGAUUCACCUCCAGAGCAUGCCUUAUUAAGCCGGCUUUUAGAAACAGGUGCAACUGAAAGUAGUUCAGCAAGUUCAAUUGUGAAUCCAACAGAAGAAGUUAGAAACAUAGACGAUGAAGAGUCAAAGACAACAAAGAACAUACUUCACAACAUAGUAGCUUCCUUUGAUGGCCUGAACAAUUUGAAGCAUAUAUUGUACACUACAUCUCUGCAGGCAGUCUUAUCUAAUGGACAGAGCCAGAAGGUGGUUUCAUCUGAUCUACUGAACGAGGUUAAGAAUUUGAGAAUUGCAGUCCUCAAGCUUCACUUAGAACAUAAAUCCCUGGCUGGUGAUCUGCAGAGCCGUAGAGAUGCUGAUGCAAAGAAUAAAGCUGAUUUGAAGCGUCUGAAAGGUGAUUUAGAAAGCACGGUUGCUGAAUUGGAAGAAAGUAACUGUAAAUUGGCAAUUAUAAAAGCAGAAAGAGACGUGGCAAAAGGGUCAAUUUUCCCUGUUAUGAAUCGAGGAAAUAAACAGGCAAGUAGUGAUAAAACAAGGGAGAAACAGAAAGACUUGCAAGUCAUGGAGUCGACACUGAAAGAGCUAUUGGAUGAAUCAACAUCUCGGUUGAAUGAGCUAAAGCGUCUUCAUGAAGAAAGGCUAAUUACAUUAAGCCAUUUGUCGGAUUUACAGAAGAAUCUAAAGAAUGUUACUUGUAUUUGUUCAUCCCAAGCAUAUCUCUUGCUAAAAGAUCAACUGACAAAGGCAAAAGUAGAUGUGGUUCAAUAUCAAGCUCUUUAUGAGAAACUACAGGUUGAGAAAGAAAGUCUUUACUGGCGGGAAAAAGAGUUUCACAUGAAAAAUGAAUUAGUUGAUGUUCUUCAUCGAUCUUCAGCAGUUGCUGACUCUAGAAUAAGUGAGUUGGAAAUGGAGAUACAGAGAUACACCAAAGAAAAAGAUCUAAUUGAGGCCAAACUGGAAGAAGCAUCUAAAGAACCUGGUAGGAAAGAAAUCAUUGCGGAGUUUAGAGCAUUAGUCUCAUCGUUUCCUGAAAGAAUGGGGAGCAUGCAGACUCAGUUAGCUAAACACAAAGAGAGUGCUGCAGACAUUCACUCUUUGCGAGCUGAUGUAAAAUCCCUGAUUAAUAUUCUCGAUAGCAAGAGUAAGGAUUUGGAGACUUUGACUUCCAGAUCGACUCAGCAAAAUGCGGAAAUCCAAAAACUGCAAGCCAUGAUCAGUGAUUUAAAGGCAACUGAAAUGGGCUUGAAGCUUUUUCUGGAAAGGUCAAUCGAUUCAAGGGAAGUUGUCGAAGCUAGAUGUGCUGAGAUUAAGGCAUGGGCUCAUGUUCAGGGCCUUAAGUCUUCGCUCGAUGAACGCAAUUUGGUGUCACGAGUUAAAGUUGCAAUUGAAGCUGAAGCAAAAUCCCAGCAGAGGUUAGCUGCCGCGGAUGCUCAGAUUGCGGAGCUGAGACAUAAGUUAGAGGCCUCUAAAAGGGAAAAAACAAGACUUUCUGAUAACCUAAAAUCCAAGCAUGAAGAAACCGAGGCCUAUCUGUCGGAGAUAGAGACUAUCGGGCAGGCAUAUGAUGACAUGCUGGCCCAAAACCAGCAGCUUUUACCGGAAAUCACUGAGAGAGAUGACUAUAAUCUAAAGCUUGUUUUAGAGGGUGUGCAUGCAAGACAAACAGGGGAUGCUUUGCGAAUGGAAAAGCGUAUACUGGAGAAAGCCGUUCAGCAGACUAAGAAAACUGUUGAAUUUUAUGACUUCAAAGCUGGUAGAAUUGAAGAUCAGUUGAAAGCCUACGCGGAUCACAUGAAGAGAGUCACGGAAGAUAGAGCCCAUAAAUCUACUGCCUUAGAAAAUACCCAAAAAAAAUUGUUUGAUGUGAAGAAAUCUUCUAAUCAGCUGAUGGGCAAACUUGAAGAAGCACAAUCGCAGGUUGAUGGGAGUCGGGCUUGUCUUGUAGAGCUGCAGAUAGAUCUAGAAACCGAGAGGUUUGAGCGAAAACGAGUAGAGGAAGAUCUAGAUACUCUGAGGAGAAAGGCUCAACAGCUGAAAUUGCAGGUUGAGAGUUCCUCUGUAGCUGAAAAGCUUCGACAGGAGCUCAAAGAAUACAAGGAAAUUCUCAAAUGCAGCGUCUGCCUUGAUAGAAGAAAAGAGGUGGUUAUCACAAAAUGCUACCAUCUAUUUUGCAAUCCUUGCUUACAAAGAAUUAUCGAAACACGUCAUCGCAAAUGCCCAAUUUGUGCUGCAAGUUUUGGGGCUAAUGACAUCAAACCUAUAUACAUCUGAACCCUAAUUCAAGAAUUCACCCCUUCUUUCAUCUCCCAGCCAUUGGUUCAGUACAGCAGAAUUCAAAGUUAGCAUGUAUUUACUGCUUCUGGAUUUAGACACUGGAUCACAAUUUUUUUUUUUUUUUAAAUAGUAUUUAUAUAUUUUUUUUUCAUCUUUGCUUUUGACUGCUCUGAGAAACUGGACACAUUUUAACGAUGAGAUCCAGUUCUUGAAAUGGAGACUUUGAUGGGUGAGGAUAAAACUACGACUCAAACGCCCUCCCCCACAGUUUCCAUGUGUGUUGUAUGAAUUAGAAUUUGUGGAGAUUUUUGUAUGACGUUUUGGUCUCGGGUUUUCCUUCAUGCUUUUCGUGUACAUAAUUAUGUUUGAAUCUCUCGAUUUUCGUUGCUGCUAGUGUAAAAUGUAAGUUGCUUUUUUAAUUAGUAACAUGUAAGACUAUAAUACACAUGUAUUAUACCCUUUUUUUUCCCCAA